CAGCCUGGUCCACAUCUACGUAUAGUCACGACCGACCUUGACAGAUCCGAAUAGAACACAAGACGCACUGACACAAGGACGCUGACCAGAAGAUAGAUCCCCUGGGUACCGCGUAGAUCCCCGUAGGGUUCCACAUAACACCAACAACUUACCCGAGUACUAUCUGAUCGUUCUUCAUAAGUAGGAUUGCACCUGACCUUGCUAGAACGUGCCGAAUGGACAUCCAAGGUGAAGGACACGGGCUUGGAUCAAAACAGGAGACAGAGAAGUUAUGGGGAGGCAGGUUCACAGGAAACACGGAUCCGGUGAUGGAAGCUUUCAAUGCGUCUAUUCACUAUGACAAGCGGAUGUGGCGAGCGGACAUACAGGGGAGUAAGGCCUAUGUGUCCGCCAUACAGAAGGCUGGCUUGGUCACAGUCCAGGAGAGGGACGCCAUUCGCGAAGGACUAGACAAGGUUGCUGAAGAAUGGGCAAACGACGUAUUCGAGAUACGACCAGGAGAUGAAGAUAUCCACACCGCGAACGAGCGGCGUCUGAAGGAGCUGAUUGGACCUACGGCGGGAAAACUCCACACUGGCCGAAGUCGAAAUGACCAGGUCACUACGGACAUGAGGCUGUGGUUACGUGACGCCCUUACAGAGCUGAAAACAUGUGUCAUUGACCUUAUCAAAGUCAUGAUCAACAGGGCCAAACUAGAAAUAGACGUGCUGAUGCCUGGUUACACCCACCUUCAAAGAGCUCAGCCAAUCAGAUGGAGUCACUGGUUGUUAAGUUAUGCCUGGAUGUUAAAAAGAGACGUAGAGCGACUUAUGGAACUAUCUGAGAGGGUUAACAUCCUACCACUUGGAAGUGGGGCACUGGCAGGGAACCCUUUCGCUGUGGACAGAGACUUUCUAGCAAAAGAACUUGGAUUCAGUCAGAUAUCAGGCAAUAGUUUAGAUGCAGUCAGCGACCGGGAUUUUGUGGCGGAGUACCUGUUCUGGGCCUCUAUGUUAGGGAUUCACCUGAGUAGAUGGGCAGAGGAUCUUAUUCUUUACUGCAGUAAAGAGUUCGGUUUCAUAUCACUGUCGGAUGCCUACAGCACCGGAAGCAGCCUCAUGCCACAGAAAAAGAAUGCCGACAGUUUGGAGUUGAUUCGUGGCAAGUCAGGGCGCCUAUUCGGAAAGUUUUCAGGUUUUAUGAUGACACUGAAGGGUUUACCUAGUACAUAUAAUAAAGAUUUACAGGAAGAUAAAGAGAGCAUGUUCGAUACCUAUACUACUCUCAGUGGUGUACUUAAAGUAUCCACAGGCGUUUUGUCUACGUUACAGAUCCACCCGGAGAAGAUGAGGGGUGCGCUCAGUCCAGAUAUGCUAGCUACUGACAUUGCAUAUUACCUGGUUCGGAAGGGGGUUCCAUUCCGACAAGCACAUGGUCUUUCUGGUACAUGCGUGGCAAUGGCGGAGACGAAACAGUGUCCGUUGUCCGAUUUGACUUUAGAGGACUUAAAGAGUGUCAGCCCUUGUUUUGAGGAAGACAUUGUUAAAUUGUGGGACUACGACAAUUCUGUCGACCAGUACAAGGCCUAUGGGGGAACAGGGAAGGUCAGCGUCUCUCAGCAAAUCCAAAGCCUCAGUACUUGGCUGGACAAGCUUCACUGAAACUAUGUGUGCUAAAAUGACGUCAUGGAAUUCUGUAAACAUGUUAUUUCUUUGUAUACUAAACAGAAAUGGUUGCUUAAGAAAUCAAAACUUUGCAUUUGUAAAGUGCAUUUUAAGAUUAAGCAGAAAAAUAUCACCUAUUGUAUUAAAUAGUCGUUAUGAAGUUAAGUUAUUCAUACUUUGUUAUUGUUUUACUGUCUGACAGUCAUAUUAAGAGUCCCGUACCACUGCAAUGUAACUACGUCUUAGAAACCGUUUUCUUUUCUCCGACACGACACGACAAUAACGUUGGUAAAUUAGUUCUGAAAAGAAAACCAUAUCUUGCGAGAUAUUUAUGAAAAUAGUAUUACGAUGAAAUAAAGAAAAUAUAAUUUAAGUGUAAAGAUUUAGCUAUCAGGUCAACAGGAGAGUCCUGGCCCAACUUUUUCUACGGUAGUAUCCAAACAAAAUUAAGGGGAGAUUACUGAGUAUACCAAAAACCGAAGUCCAGCGGGACAAGGAUCCUUAAAUGCGGGACUCUAAUGAUAGUUUGCAGAACCUAAAUGUUCAUGUUAAUGUUAUUACGGUCCAACUCAGUCGGGGAUAUUCAAUAUUGUGGUGGCGAUCGCGUUGUCACGUACAUUUGAAUUUUCCCAAACAACGUUACAGUCCCGCAGUUAAUUCAACUAAAAUCGCAUUAUAAAAUAUAUUUAUACAUAUGAAACAUAUUUAAAAUGGCGACCAGUAAUAGUAAAAACAAAUACAAUUAUGUUUUUUUCUAUCGUAUUGUACAGUUAAGCUUGUUAAGCUGAGUAAUUACUAUAUGUCCUUAUGUUAAUGAUUUUUAGUUAAUUUACAAUGUUAACAGUUCAGUAUAAGAAGGAUGAUUGUAUAACUAACUACCUGGUACCCCUAAUGAUGGUUCGUUAAUAUUAUACAUCGGUGUUGGAUAUUUAUUUUACAAAUAAGUGCGUUCGUGCGUGCUUAAGAUGCUUUUUAUUUAUGCUUACCGUUAUUUUUUUCCUAAUUGAUAGUCGCAUGAAAUUGUCAUCCAAACACACAUACUAAACGGUGUGAAGGGAGCAAUGAAUGUAAUGUAAAAUUAUGAUCACUUAUGUAUAUUACACAAAAAAAAGGUUCGAAGAAAGUAGUGCAUCAAUACCACGUGUUUCUAUUGGAAUAUUAGCUGGGGUUUAUAAACUGAAAUAAUUAAAUGAUGGCAAAGCAAUUUUAUUGAUCUUGUAUGAUUACACUUUGAAUGUUACAAAUUAUAAUUAGAACUUUAUGCAGGGAUUGGUAGUAAUUUAAAAACACCCACUAUUUAACUUUUUAAACAUUUGAAAGUAUAUUUCCUAUUUGAAAUAGUAAAUAAGAUAAGUUUGGAGGGAGGGAUUUAAGAUUUUUUCCUCUUUUCUUUCCUUUCUUCCUGAAGCAAAUGAUAAUCAUUGUUGUGAAGCAAAAUAUAUGUAUGAUUAAAAGUGUUAUUAUACGAGUUCUUCAGAGCAUACUUACUUUUCAGUUAAUAAUUUAACAACCUUAUUUCCUCAUUUAGGUGUGAAACCUCCUGUCUAUUGCGUAUAUACAUACAUGUGUUGAAUUAUUUAUAAUGUGAUUUAGUGCAAUAAUUUAUCGUUUUACAUGUGUUUGAAUUUUACUCUGUGAUAUUAUGACAAUUUAUACGUGAAUUAACGUAUAUUUAACAUGUCUUUUGUUUUCCGUAUAUACGGGUUGAAAUAUUAGAAAUAUAAGUAGUAAUAUUCCUUGUAACAAAUAUUAUAAAUAAAAUCUUAUGCAUUAUUAUGUAUUCUUAUGUUACUGCUUAAUAAAAACUAA